AUGGGAGAUGAUCUUCCUUCAACACAAUCCAAAGAAACUGAAACCAGUGGAACCAUUAACAACACCCACCAUUAUCACUUGAACAACUCAGAUUCACCAGGGAUGAAUUUGAUCAAUUCAAUCUUCGAUGGUAGAGGUUUUGCAGGAUGGAGGCGAUCUAUUCUGAUUGCACUUUCAGCCAAAAAGAAAUUGGGGUUUAUCAAUGGGGAUAGUCUGGAGCAAAGGUUUGGCAGAACCAAUGGCGCUAAGCUUUACCACCUGCAAAAGGAAAUAUCAAAUUUAGUUCAGGGGAACAAUGAUGUUGCAGGAUAUUUCACCAAGCUCAAACGUUUGUGGGAUGAGCUAGAUUCUCUAGAUCUGUUAUCAUGUUGUAGUUGUGUGUGCACAUGUGAAGGCAAAGGAAAACUUAUCAAGUCUUUGGAGGAUCAAAGACUUGUUCAAUUUUUGAUGGGUUUAAAUUACACAUAUGGUCAAGCAAGAGGAACCAUCUUAAUGAUCAAUCCACUACCUUCUAUUAACAGUGCUUAUGCUUUAGUUUUGCAGGAUGAAAACCAAAAGGAAGCUUAUGUUAAUGUUGCUAACACAAUUGAUGCUGCCUCUUUCAUGGUGGGAGGUCAAGGAAGAGUGAAUUACAGAUCUGGUAACCAACCAUUUAAAGGAGCUCAAGCAACACAGAAAUCUGGGAAUCCUGGCAAUCAAAAGGUUGGGAAAACAUUUCCCAAAAAUAAACCAAGGAGAGUGAAAUAUAAUCCAAAUGUGAGUUGUACCUACUGUGGAAGAACAGGACAUGUGUAUGAUGACUGUUUUAGGCUAAUUGGUUUCCCAGAUGAUUUUGAGUUUACUAAGACAAAGAAUUCUCAGAAUUUGGUCAAAGGAAAUGCAGUAGUUACAGGGGAAGAGGGUGAAGCUUUUAGUGGGAAUCAUGAGGAUUCAAGGAACAUGUGGUACCCCCAGUUCCCUAACAAAGAGCAUUAUAACUAG